AUGAAUAAAGUGCAUGCGUGUCGUCAACCAUAUGAUGUUGCACCUUGUAAGAAACCUCAAACUGUCAUACGUGGACUUGUCGUGAAUUUGAAGGUGAAACCAACGUAUAAAAAUAGGAUACCACCAAAAACAAUGUCAGAUAAACUACAAGUGAAGAAUUCGGCAAAAAAUCUCACAUGUGUUAAAGUGAAGCCAGGAUACUCGAACUCAAACAAGGAAAUCGAGAUUCGGUAUACCGAUGUGAAGGUGAUUGGCGCCGGAAGUUUUGGAAUGGUAUACUCGGCAAACUUAUAUGACACCAAUGAACAUGUGGCCAUUAAAAAGGUACACCAGGACAAAAGAUUCAAGCAUAGAGAACUACAAAUUAUGAGACGACUUGAACAUCCUAAUAUAGUAAGACUGAUGUAUUACUUCUACGGUUCGGAUAAUAAGAAGGGUGAAUAUCUUUAUUUGAUUCUGGAAUUCUUCCCAAAGACCGUUCAUCAACUCAUAAAGGCAUACGCGCAAACAGGAGAGCUGUAUAUGUUUCAACUGUUCCGCGGUUUAUCCUUCAUGAGCAGUUUGAAUAUAUGUCAUCGUGACAUCAAACCCCAUAACUUGUUAGUGAACCCCGAUAGGGGAACUCUUCGAAUAUGUGAUUUUGGAUCGGCAAAAGUAUUGAAUAAGAACGACACUAAUGUUUCAUACAUUUGUUCAAGGUACUAUAGAGCACCAGAACUUAUCUUUGGCGCUGUUCGUUACACCACAAAGAUCGAUGUGUGGUCUGCUGGGACAGUGAUGGCCGAGGUAAUCCUUGGAAGGCCAAUAUUCCCAGGUGGCUCUGCCCUGCAACAGUUGGUCGAGAUAAUCAAGAUUGUUGGAAUCCCAACGAAGGAAGAUAUACUUGCAAUGAAUCAGAACCAUAAGGAGAUGGACUUGCCAACAGUUAAAAGUAUUCCAUUGCGAAAGCUAUUCAAAGGAAAAGGUCUUUCCUCUGCAGUCAAUCUUCUCAACUCCAUAUUUCGCUAUGACCCUUCGGCUCGCAGUUCUGCUAUCGAAGCGUUGGCACAUCCUUUUUUUGAUGAGCUUCGAAAUCCAGAACUCGAGGAAAUGCCAAACGGCAAAUUGAUGCCUCGUCUAUUUGAAUGGUUGGAGAGAGAAGUAAACAUCCGCCCCGACCUCAACUUGAAGAUAAAUCACGCGGCUGCCCACAUUCCACCCGAAAAUCCAGCACCCCACAUUCGACGAUUCUCAACGCGAACAUUUGCUGCUGCAUUAUUCGUUGCACCACCUUUGAAUCUGUAA